UUUCUCCCUUGUUUUUUCCUUCCCGAUGGCGCCAUAUUGUUCAUACUGAAACGACACAAGGGUCAACUCUUACCCACAAAGCUGCUUUGCAUGUUGAGUAAAAUAUCAGUAUUUUCUACACAUAAAGUGGCUGAGUGGUUGCGUGGUUUGGAAGUUUCGAGUCUCGCUGCUGCAUGACUCUUGGCCAAGAAAUCUCAUUCUCACUGAAACAAACCGGACUUCACAAUGAGAAUGACACUAAAACACCUCUUUGUUCUGUGUAUAAUUAGUACUUCCAUAGGGAUUUAUAUUUUAAGUCACAUACGAUUGUACAAGCUGUGCAGAUUACCUGAAAACAUGAAAAUAAAGCAACGAGUCUAUGGCCCAUUGAAAAUCACCAACGAGGAUACAUGGAAAGUAAAAACUGCUGCUCAGAAGUUGCUACACAUGAUACUGGAAAGUGAUAGCACCUUUUCCUUGUUAGGAUUUGAUGGACCUUUGGAACGCAUGGAUUUACUUUGUUGGAUGUAUCUAUCGCAGACGGCCACAAAACGCGGUUUGAAAGCAAACAGCAGCGAUUGUUUGCAACCCCCGCCUGGAAAAGAAUGGAAAACGGUACCCAAAAACGUAUUCUAUAUAAUUUAUGGAGCAUACAAUUUCACGUUUUUGAAUUACAUGAGUGCGUUCAGCAUCCGACGAGUAAUACCUGAUGCUAAUAUCUAUGUGAUUGGUGAUCAAAGCCCGAUAGGGUUUUGGUGGAGAAAAUUGCUUGAAGACGUACACGGUGUUAAAAUUGUGUAUAGGACGAGACCACAAAGAAUAUUUAACCAAACAAUAAAAAUAAAGCCACAUGCUACCGAUGUUAUACGACUGCAGAUUCUGAUAUUGAGCGGUGGGAUUUAUCUUGAUCCGGACAUUCUAUUCCUGCGACCAAUCGACCAUUUCCGGCAGCCAGUCCUUACAAUGGGCCUAAUCGACCCAGCAACCGGUAUAGGGAACGGUUUAAUAUUUGCCAAAAGACACUCCAAGUUCUUAGAAUAUUGGUACGAAAGUUACAGAAACUUUAACUCUAGUAUUUGGGGAGUUCAUUCAAUGGCAAUACCACUGAAGCUAUCAAAAAUAUAUUCACACCUUAUUAAGGUAGAUAAAGGACAUAUUUAUCAUCCGAACUGGUUUGAGCUUGAUAAACUUUUUCUUAAAGUGGUCCCUUGGGAUAAAAAUGUAGCUGUACAUAUGUGGACUCACCAUCAAUACCGUCUGCCUCAAUCUCUGAAAGAUACAGACACUUUAAAUACAACAGCCGGUCAAAUGUUAAGAUAUGUCUAUUACAACGACACACGUUUACGGCGAUAAAAACAAAAGACAUCCCGUUAAGACAGCGAAAACUUAAUUUUAUUAUUUAUAUAUUUUUUGUUUGGUGGCUUGGGGUGGGCAAUCUUUCAUAAUACCUGGUGUGCGAAUUUCAAGUGCUUAAGAACCUGCAAGGUGCAUAUCUAUUGAGAAAAAAGUAAGCCAGUGAGGCAAUCCUUCGUUUUGUCUCGAAGGCAUGUGCGCUCAAUUCAGCUCUUACCAUACGGCUUUUGGUAAAUUCCGUAAAAAAUUUUUCAUCUAUUUAUUUUUGUGACAAGAAAUGUAAAUUUCGUUUGAUGACAGCAUAAAGUGAAAGAGAGAGAAGAUGGAUAGGGACGUGUGUAUGUAUUGACGGGGGUUGGGGGUUGGGACAGAAAGUACAUAUUGUGUGCGUAUGUGUGUGUGUAAGAGAGAGAGAGAG